UUCAAUUUAUCCCAUUCAGGUUUAAAACUUUAUAUUUCACUGGUAAUAAUUGAUACCAUUAAUGGCAUGUUGCAAUGUGAUCGAUAUGAAUCAGAUCAUGUACGCAGAUUACCAAUUGGGGUAUAUAUUACCAUAAUCUCGCCAUCACCUUCGUCUGUUGCUGGAACACAUCCACAGGUGUAAAAUGCAGAUGUCUCCAAUUGUUGCUGUUUGUUUGGUAUUUCUUAGUCUGGGGCUUGUACCACAGACUUUGUAUGGCAUACCCUUUAAUGAACUAAAAGACACCUUUAAUCUUGCUCCGAAUGCAAGCACUAUUGAGCUGUAUAAGGCACUCUUACAAAAACAAACCGCAAGACUGGGAAGAGCUGGAGUGAUUAAUCUUCCACCAAAUUUCUUCGAUGUAAAUUGUCUCACAGAAGAUGGACUAUGUCACUCAGAUCAUAGUCGAACAGACCUGUGCUUCAUUGUUCAGAUUUCGUGUAAUAUUGGUAAGAACGAGUUAAAAAACGUGGAGAAAGACAUUAAAAAAAUCCUCAGCAGUGUCGGAGACCAAGGCCUCUAUAGAAUCGUUAGGUAUAGCAAGACAGCCAAAGAAUUAAACAAAAAAUGGACAACGGUCGAAACAGCACCAGGCAAAAAAGAAAAAUUAAAACCCGGGAAGAAAUGUGACGAUUGUCAAGCUCAACUUCCCCUGGCGCUUGAUUGGUGUAAAAGCCAAUUCAACGAGUUAAACACCGAUGAUCCGACAAGAGGAGUAGUUCCCGAUGUGAUUGUUUCCUAUACGGAUGGUUUGAGCUUCAGCUCAAAGUUUGACGAAACCUAUGAAAAUACAGUCAUAGAAAAGUUGCUAGAAUGUGGACAGCGCAACAAUACAGCAGGUCGAGCUUUCAAAUUAGGAGACCCCACGUAUGAAUCCGACGAAUGGCCUCUCCUGGAGUUUACGAACACAGGCAUCGGUACCUUCGAAAUCUCCGUAAAGCCACUAAAGAUCGACCCAAAAGCUACAGACAUACCAGCGGUUGAAGGGUUGGAUGAGAAUAAUGAUCCGUUUACAUGUCCACAUUGUUGUAAUGCCGAUGUUGUCGUUGUGGUAGAUCGAUCAAACAGCAUUAAGGUACCAGACCUGACAAAUGUUCUAGAAUUCUUUAGUGAAUUUAUUGAUGCGCAAGAACAUAUACUGGAUCCUACCUUGGGCUUAAGUCCCGAAGAACCUGGUUUAAGAUUUGGAUUCUUAACAUACAACUGUCCUGUAACUGUUCACUGCGACCUUGGGGAGCAAAAUCAAGCGGGUUUGAUAGCAUGUGUUGACAACAUCCCCCGUACAACAGGCAAAUUCACCAAUACAGUAGAAGCAUUGAAAAGGGCUAAAGAACAGCUUGACACUUUUGGUAGGAAGUUGCCGGAUGUUCGGGAAAUAGUUGUUUUGGUUACCGAUGGUCGAACGUGGAAUUGCAAUGCGCCACAAGUCGCCGAUCCUGCAGCAACUGAAGCCGAAGCAGAUAAGCUUAAAGCUGCUGGAGCUGAAUUAUAUGUAUUUGGACUCCCGAACCACCUGGGUAAAACUGAUGGUUGUGAAAGAGAAUGGCUCCCCGUUGCAAGUGAACCCAAAGCUUGUCACGUUAUUGACUUCACCAAUGCAACAUAUUCUCCCAGUGAUCUAUCGCAUGCAGGACUACAUCUUACAAAGGAAAUAUGUACACAAGGCGAAGACCACCCGUGCCCAUUUAAGGAAGUGUGCCAUUUUACAACCAUGAAAUAGGAAUCGAUCGUGACGAAUAUUGUCCAGAUAACCACAAAAAAGAACAGACACUAACCCUAUAGUUAUGACUAUUAUCCGGAAUAACACAGACCAAGUAUAGCCAUUGUGUAAUUAAUAAGCUAUACUUUACGGCAACAUAGAAAUACAAACGUAAUGACGUGCAGUGUUACUGUAAGGCCGUGAAUUCAUCCAAUCCCAAAAGUUCUGGAAAAAAUUAUCUCAGAAUAUUAACCGUUUUUGUUGAACUCGUUUAUCAUGAUUAACUGGAAUAACAAAGACCAGAGUGCAGCUAUUGGUUCUCUAUACUCUAUCUUGAUCAUUUCUGUUCAUAACAAGAUAAAAAAAAUUAAUUAUAUAUUGUAUCCAAAUAGAUUUGAAUAAAUUCAAUGGAAAAGAAAAA